AUGGCGGAGAUCAAAAUCGACAGCAAGGCCUUCCACGAGCGCGUCACGCGCCUCGCGGGCGCCUGGAAGAAUGACUUGCGAUCCAAGGAUGGCAACAUCUUCCACGGCGCCUCGUCCAUCGUCGUCAUGAUGGGCAAGGUGGAGGAGGUGCCCGAGCUGCACAAGAACAACGCCAUGCAUUUUUGGCUUCUCGGCUACGAAUUCCCGACGACGAUGAUGCUGCUGACGACCGACAAAAUCUACAUUUUGACGACUGCGAAGAAGGCGAAACAUCUCGAGCAGUUGAAGAACGGCCGCUUCCCCCUCGAGGUCCUUGUCCGAGGCAAGGACGCAGCUGAGAAUGAAAAGCUGUUUGUCAAGCUUGCUGAAGUCAUCAAGGCUUCGGGCAACAAGGUUGGCACCAUCGCCAAGGACACCUCCAAGGGUCCCUUCAUCGAGGAGUGGAAGAAGGUCUUCGCCGAUCAAUGCAAGGACGUCGAAGAGGUCGAUGUGUCUCAGGCCCUUUCCCAACACGCCUUUUCCGUGAAGGACGAAACCGAGCUCCGAGCAAUGCGAACUGCGUCCAAGGCCUGCGUCGCCUUGAUGACCCCCUUUUUCCUCGAGGAAAUGUCGGACAUUCUUGAUAAGGAGAAGAAGGUCAAGCACAGCGCAUUGGCAGACAAGGUUGAUAAGAAGCUUGACGACACCAAGUUCUGGAAGACGGUCGAGCUACCCAAUAAGACCAAGCUUCCUCAGGACUUGGACCCGGCUCAGCUGGACUGGGUUCUGGGUCCCUUGGUGCAGAGCGGUGGCAAAUACGACUUGAAGAUGAACUCGGAGAGCAACGACGACAUUUUGCACCCUGGUACUAUUGUUGCCGCCAUGGGCUUGCGCUACAAGUCAUACUGCUCUGCGAUCGCUCGUACCUACCUGGUAGACCCGAACAAGUCGCAGGAGAGCAAUUACAAGCUUCUUUUCAACAUUCACAACAUGAUCCUGAAGGAGGUCCGCGACGGCGUCGUAAUCAAGGAAGUCUACAACAAAGCUUUGAGCAUGAUCAAGGCGAAGAAGCCUGAUUUGGAAAAGCACUUCCUGAAGAACGUUGGUUGGGGCGUCGGCCUGGAGAACAGGGACCCAACUUUGAUUCUCAACGCGAAGAACUCCCGAGCCCUGAAGGAUGGCAUGACCCUUGUCAUUACCACCGGUUUUAGCGAUAUCGAAAACCCCCAACCGCAGGACAAGAACAGUAAGAUUUACUCCUUGGUCAUUACCGAUACGAUUCGUGUCACCACAAGCGAGGCCGUCGUUUUCACCGGAGAGACUCCCAUCGAUGCGGAUUCGAAUUCAUUUUUCUUCAAAGACGAGGAAGAGGCCCAGCCUACGCCCAAGAAGGAGAAGAAGGAUUCCCGAGUUGGUGCUGUUGCUACGAAGAACAUCACUUCUACGAGGUUGAGAUCCGAGCGAACCACGACUGUUGACGACGAUGCGGACAAGAGACGCCGUGAGCAUCAGAAGGAGUUGGCGUCCAAGAAGCAGAAGGAAGGUCUGGCGCGCUUUUCUGAGUCCACCAGUGGACAGAAUGGCACGGAGGUGAAGAAGUUCAAGCGCUUCGAUUCAUACAAGCGCGAUAAUCAGUUUCCUCCCAAGGUCCGUGAUCUGCAGAUCGUGGUUGAUGCGAGAAACGACACAGUCGUUCUGCCUGUCAUGGGCCGUCCUGUUCCUUUCCACAUCAACACAAUCAAGAACGCGAGCAAGAGUGACGAGGGUGAUUGGUCGUUCCUGCGAAUCAACUUCUUGUCUCCUGGUCAGGGUGUUGGUCGCAAAGACGACCAGCCUUUUGAAGACGCUUCGGCCCACUUCGUCAGAAGCUUGACGUUCCGCUCGACGGAUGGUGACCGCUACCAAGAAAUCGCAACUCAAAUCUCGAACAUGAAGCGGGAUGUGAACAAGAAGGAGCAGGAGAAGAAGGAGCUGGAGGACGUUGUCGAGCAAGACAAGCUCGUCGAGAUAAGAAACCGUCGUCCCGCCGUGCUUGACAACGUCUUCAUCCGUCCUGCCAUGGAAGGCAAGCGGGUUCCUGGUAAGGUGGAAAUCCACCAGAAUGGUAUUCGCUAUCAGUCUCCUCUAAGCACCCAGCAACGCGUGGAUAUUCUAUUCUCAAACGUCCGCCACCUCUUCUUCCAGCCCUGCCAGCACGAAUUGAUCGUCAUCAUCCACAUCCAUCUGAAGGACCCCAUCAUGGUUGCCAACAAGAAGAAGACCAAGGACGUCCAGUUCUACCGAGAGGCAACGGACAUCCAGUUCGAUGAGACAGGUAACCGCAAGAGGAAGUACCGGUACGGUGACGAGGACGAGUUCGAGCAGGAACAAGAGGAGCGUAGGCGCCGCGCCGAGCUUGACCGUCUGUUCCAAGGCUUCGCCCAGAAGAUGGCUGAGGCUGGUAAGAACGAGAACCUCGAGGUGGAUGUGCCUAUCAGAGAUCUCGGCUUCCACGGUGUGCCGUUCCGAAGCAACGUCUUUAUCCAGCCUACAACUGAGUGCCUGAUCCAAGUUGUUGAGCCGCCAUUCAUGGUCAUUACCCUGGAGGACAUCGAAGUUGCCCAUCUGGAACGUGUUCAAUUUGGCCUCAAAAACUUUGAUCUUGUGUUUGUCUUCAAAGACUUUACACGGCCACCAUAUCACGUCAACACCAUUCCAGUUGAGUUCCUCGAUCACGUCAAGGAAUUCCUAGACUCUUCAGACAUCGCCUACUCCGAGGGUCCUCUCAACCUGAACUGGCCGACGAUCAUGAAGACGGUCACUGCCGAUACCCACCAGUUUUUCCUCGACGGAGGUUGGUCCUUCUUGCAGGCUGAUUCUGACGACGAGGAUGCCGGUUCGGAGGAUCAGGAGAGCAACUUUGAGAUAGAAUCCGACGAACUCGAGGAGGCUUCUGAGUCGAGCGAAGAAGAUUCCGACUUUGGCUCUAAUGUCUCCGAUGAAGAGGACGACGCCGAGAUGAGCGAUGAAGAUGAGGGCGAGGACUGGGACGAGCUUGAGGCGAAGGCGAAGAAGCGUGACCGCGAGGAUGCUCGAGGUGGCGCCGAUGAAGACGAUGGCCGGGGCCGCAAGAAGCGGAAGCACUAA